UGUUUGGGAAGGUAAUACAAGAGAACUGCGGGACAACGUGGAGAAUUUGUGUUUACGUUUAAGCAGAGUUUGAGUAGCGAGCACCUCAUGGGCCAUAUUUCAUGAACGCUGACCCGAGGAGUGAACUUUCUACAACACCCAGCUGUUGAUAAGGCUUUGAAACCCUACUAUUACUGGGCUUGUGUUAAGGGCCCAGACAGCGGAUAGGUGAAGAUCCGCCGCCCGCUCUGAACACUUGAGCUCCCGCGCAGCUGAAGGCGAACUCUCGGGUGGAUAGCGCAUUGGGACGGAAUCAUGUCUCAACCCGGAGCACCUCCUCGAUGGAUGAAUUGCCCGAGAAGAGGACAACCUGUGGCUGGUAAAUUUCUGCCCAUGAAAACCAUGCUUGGACCACGGUACAAUGAUCAAGUCCCUGAGGAGAACAGGUUUCACCCCAGCAUGCUGUCCAACUAUCUAAAGAGCUUAAAGGUGAAGAUGGGUUUGCUGGUGGACCUGACCAACACGGGCCGGUUCUAUGAUAGGGCAGAGAUAGAAAAGGAAGGAAUCAAAUACGUAAAACUUGCCUGUAAAGGUCAUGCUGAAUGCCCUACAGUAGAGACAACAGAGACGUUCAUCAGAAUGUGUGAACCCUUCAUUGAAAAAACACCCACAGAGCUCAUCGGCAUUCACUGUACGCAUGGCUUCAACCGCACAGGCUUUUUAAUAUGUGCCUACCUGGUGGAGAAAAUGGACUGGAGUAUUGAAGCCGCGGUGGCAGCGUUUGCUCAGGCUCGGGCACCAGGUAUCUAUAAAGGAGACUAUCUGAAGGAGCUCUUCCGUCGCUAUGGUGAUGUAGAGGACACCCCACCAGCACCUGCCCUCCCUGAGUGGUGCUUUGAUGAAGAGGAGGAUGAAGGUGUGGAUGAUGAUGGGAAUGCCAUCACUCAGGCAUCUGAGCCCGGCUCCUCGCACUCCACUCAUGGCAAAAAAAAGAAGGAACGACUGAAACUGGGGGCUGUGUUCCUGGAGGGGGUGUCCGUCAAAGGAGUCGCACAAGUCAUGUCACAACCCAAACUUGGCAAGAUCCAACGGAAAUGCCAGGAGUUUUCUGAGUGGGAAAGAUCUGGGUUUCCUGGUGCUCAACCCGUGUCGAUGGACCGCAGGAACAUUCGUCUAUUAGAGCAGAAGGUUUAUAAAGUCAGCUGGAAGGCAGACGGGACACGGUACAUGAUGUUAAUUGAUGGUAAAAAUGAAGUUUACAUGAUUGACAGAGACAACUCAGUGUUUCAUAUAGAAAACCUGGAGUUUCCUUUCCGGAAGGAUCUGCGCGUUCACCUCUCCAACACGUUAUUGGAUGGGGAGAUGAUUAUCGACAAAGUGAAUGGUCAGCCUGUCCCACGCUAUCUCAUCUACGACAUCAUUAAAUUUAACGGUCAGCCCGUUGGUCAGUGUGACUUUGACAGACGUUUGCUGUGUAUUGUGAAGGAGAUCAUCUCCCCUCGCUCUGAGAAGAUAAGAUUGGGCCAGAUCGACAAAGCCAAGGAGCCGUUCAGUGUGAGAAACAAGCCUUUCUUCGACAUUCAUGCUGCACGCAAGCUGCUGGAGGGCAGUUUCACAUCUCAGGUCAGCCAUGAAGUGGAUGGUCUGAUCUUCCAGCCUAUAGGGAAAUAUAAGCCGGGCCGAUGUGAUGAUAUUCUGAAGUGGAAGCCGCCAAGCCUAAACUCAGUCGAUUUCAGACUCAAGAUCACCAAAGUCGGCGGGGAGGGACUAAUUCCACAGACGGUGGGGCUUCUGUAUGUGGGGGGGCAUGACGUACCCUUUGCACAAAUGAAGGUUACGAAGGAUCUGAAACAGUAUGACAAUAAAAUCAUAGAGUGCACAUUCGUCAAUAACACCUGGGUGUUUAUGCGACAGAGAAUUGACAAGAGCUUUCCCAAUGCAUAUGACACAGCCAUGGCUGUGUGCAACAGUAUCCAACAUCCUGUCACCAAGGAAAUUCUCUUUGAGUUUUUAGACAGAUGCGCGCAGAUGCAGUCACGCAAACAUCCACCUGAAUCUGAACUCAUGCCUCCACCAGCACCAAAGAGACCUAACCACACCAUACCAUAAUGACACAACACAGCUGGAGCAGAACUUAAGCAGUUACAUAGUUUUUUUUAUUCCUGAAAUUUUCUGCCGGUCCACACGGCAAGAGACCUUUGGAGAACGUUUUGCUUUUUGGCCUCACUAGGCUUCUGUUGAUGAGUGAAUCUAUUUAAUGACAUUGUUCAGAGAGCUUGUUUCUACGAUGAGUUCUUGUGUAAAAAAUCUAUUUAAUGGAAUGGUUUGAUUUUUGUUUUUUUUAUUAUGUUCUGUAUUUGUUAGUGUCCUCUGAUGUUUGUUCUACAAUUAUUUGUUUUAUAUUGAAGAGAACAUUAAAGUGUGCUAGAUUAAAGGAAUUGUUCACCCAAAAAAUUUAAUUCUGUCAUUAUUCCAAAGCCGUAUGAUGUUAUUCUUUUUUAAAACCGAUUUUUUGAAGAAUCUUCAUGCAGCUCAAACUUCAAAAAGGACAAAAAUCUCCAUAAAAAAAAGUUCAUAUGACUCAUGCGUUACAUACACUGUAUAUAAGUCUUCUGAAGUCAUACAAUAGCACUGUGUGAGGAACAGACUCAAAUUUAAGCUGUUUAUUACUGGAAAUCUUCCCCUCCACCAAAGCUCUUAAUGGAAUAGUUCACCAAAAGUGAUAUCAUUAUUUACUCUGGUAAACUUGACUCCUGUUUUUUUAUUGACAACAAGAAUAAAAAUACUACAAAACAACAGCGAAAGGAGUUGAAACACUAAAUUCUAAGUUUUUUGAAGCCAUAUGAAAUCCCUGUGUGAUGAAUAGUCAAAGUUAUUCACUCUCAAAUAAAAUAUGCAGACAACAGCACAGGUUAGAUGUCAAUAACAUGAAACCUCAUUCAUUCUUGUUUGUCUCAUGACCAAAUGUCCCAAAAAAAACUGUGCCGUAGUCACUAUUUGAUUUAGGCCCAACAAUUUUGUCCUGUUCAUCACACAAAAUUAUCCAUUUCAGAGCAGCCACAACUCACUUUCAUCAUUCCAAUGGCAAAAACCCUUGUGAAGUUUUUCAGUAAAUAGUGACUUACACAAAGUGAUCGGAUGACUUCAGAAAGACAAAUCCAUUGCACAAGUCAUAUGGACUACUUUUAUGAUGUAUGGAGCUUGACAGAUGUGGUCGCUAUGAAUUGGGAAGGAGCUACAUGAAUAUUCUUUUAAAAAAAAAUCUUUCAUAUUCCAUGAAAAAAGAGCAGCAUACAGGUUUGGAAAAACUUGAGGGUAAAAAAUGUUUUCACUUUACACUGAACUGUUCCUGAAAAUUUUGUGAGACCUGACAUUGCAAAAUUUAGUGAGCGACUUUCUCAAAAUUUCACCAGAUGUGGAGCUCUUAGUUAUGAUUAAUAGUUUGAAACCUAGAAUCAAUUAGCAUUUCAGUUGCGCUGUUUGUACAGUUAUUAAUGCAUAGGCUAUUGUCCUAUGAUCAUGCAUUUAUUAGGUGAUCGUGUUUUGUAUGUCACUUUGCAUGGAUGUUUUUAAAAUGUUGUCCCAACCCUUGUUCUAAGGUUUUGUUUCUUGAAAAAAUGUCAGGUGUGUUUUAAGCUUUCUUUGAGUCAUUGGUUCAAACAAGUAAAGCAAUAAAUGUGAAACUAGAAAAAGUUCGUCGAGACAAACUUUUAAGUUGGCUUG